AUGUGCGCUCGCCCGGAGUUGUUCGCGGAGCUCGAGUCGUUAUUGUCGAGCAAAGGCGUUGAAGGACUCGUCCAGGAUUAUGAUGAGUUUAGGCAUGUGAUUGUUGCAGGAAUUGAUUACAAGAGAAGUGUGGUAGAGGAGGAUGAGAGGGACAAAGGCCUACGAAACGAGCUUAACUGGGGGCAUACUGUCGGCCAUGCUAUCGAGGGAAUGGGUGUCACGGGACUGCAUCACGGGGAAUGUGUAUCGAUCGGAAUGGUCUAUGAAGCGAUGGCACUGAGAGCUCAAGGGCAGCUUUCGAAUAUUGCCGCACAACGUUUGGAGAAAGUAUUGAAGUGCUGUGAUCUUCCCACAGUGCUGCCGCCUGGUGCAGAGGAGAAUCGAGAGGAGCUUAUGAGGCGUAUGAAACGCGAUAAGAAAAAUAGAGGCGGAGCGAUACAUGUUGUUGAUGUGAGGGACAUAGGAAGGUGUGAGGGCGACAGUAGGACGGUGCCUGUGCCUGACAGGAUACUCAAACGGGUCUUGUCUUCUGCGGUGACCAUCUCGGGAUCAGCAUUAGUGAAGUCUGGACAGAAGCUGGGUCCAUCGGGUGGUGGAGUUUUGGAGCUCCCUGGUUCGAAGUCUAUAUCCAAUAGGGCGCUGGUCUUGGCAGCUUUGGCUGAAAAGCCUGGAGGAAAGUGUCGG